AUGAUUGAGUCUGUCCAUGCAUAUGAUGUUGAAAAAUUUGACCACCUCCGAACCAGAUGGUACUUGCUUGGAUCAUUGAAUGUUUUGAGAUUGUCAUUGAUUCUUGUCAGUGGAGUUUUAGAGUAUUCUAUAAACAGAACUAGUUGCAUAAGUCAUCUGUCAAAUUCUGACUUUUGGCCUAUUACCGGUUUUACCGUAACCAUGAUCCGUGCUCUAUCGAGUCGUCUUGACAAAACUGGUGGGAGUGUUAUUGGUCUGUAUUGGUUGUCGAAUCAGGGACGGUGCUCGUGCAAUUGUGGCUCUCACUGCUAUGGCCUUGCUGUUAUGUACCAUCCACUGUGGAUAUCAAACCACAACUGCACUCCCAAGACACCCUCUACAUGGCCAAUGGAUUUCGUGGGUAGGAGCACUGAUUAUGAUUUCAGGUUUUAUGCUUCUGGCUCUGGGGGUUCCAUAGUUGCUGACUUGUUUCUUAGGUUGUUAGAGGAGCUACAAUACCGUAAGGAAACUGAUAUUCAUCAGAAUAGCAAACUGAAUUUAAAAGAUGACCAGUUUUGUUACAAUUGA